AUGACGGACCUCACCUUUACUACUCUCAGCGUGCGCAGGCACCACGUGUGGGACGACUCCCCAUCACUCGCCUCCCGGGUUGUUUUCGAGGAUCACCCCGAUAGGACAUCAUGGGCAACCCCCCGGCAUUACGCCCACGCCCGUCCCAAACGCCUUAGCAAAAGCGAAUGCCGUCAACUCUUCCGUUCCACCAGCUCGCUCCCCUCAAUCCACGUUCACGGGCCAUCAUGCCGCUGCGGCCAAGUCCAGACCGAAGACCAACUGCAAGACGAGCUCCUUGCACACAAGAUCUCCUCCCUCUCGAAAGCCCUGCUCACGACCUUCGGCACCACCGGCUCCAACCCGCCCCACCAUCACCACCGCAAACCCAGCAGCAGUAGCAACCCCCACCGCCGCUCCCGCUCCCGCUCUGCCGCCGGCUCUCUCCUCAGCACCCUCACCCGCCUCUUCUCCCCUCCCCAGCCACCCCCCUCCCUCCCCUUCCAAGCAGACCUCUGCAUCGCCUGCGCCAACCUCGACAUCGACAAGGUAGCCCGCUACCUCCUCAUACCCUCCCACAACCACAGCGACAGCAGCGACAACCGCAGCCCCAACCCGCCCGCACCACUGCCGGUCAACCAGCCCAACCCCGCCGGCCUGACGCCGCUGAUGGCCUUGGUGCGCUCGCCGGCGGCGCGCGCGCGCCCGCGCGCCCACCUCGCCAUGGUGCGCUUCCUGGUCGAGUGCUGCGGCGCGGACGCGGACGCGGCGCGCGUCGACCGCGCGACCGGCCGGGGCGAGAGCGUGCUCAGCAUGGCGUGCGCGGCCGGGCUGGCGGGGGUGGUGCGCUUUCUCGUGGUCGAGCGGGGCGUCGACGCCGAUCGGAGGCUGCCGGCCGGGUCCGGGCGGGGUGGUGCGGGAGGAGGAGCGGGGACGGGGGCGGGUGGUGCGGGGGAGGAUAAGGGUAGGGGUAGGGGCGGGGGAGUGGAAGUUGGGGGUGCGGGGCAGACGGCGCUGCAUGUUGCUGUGCUGGCGGACAGGCCCGAGUGUGUGGAGGUGUUGGUGAGGGAGGGCAGGGCGGACGUGGAUGCCGUGUUUGAUGGCGCCGGGCUGGUCUGGAAUCAGGGGGGUAGAGCUAAGAACAGGAGCGCGGCGUCACGCGGGGGCGCGAGCAAAGGCCCGCGGCAUCCGGUCUCUGCGCUGCAUCUCGCUCACGCCAGCUAUGCUUGCACCAAGGUGCUCUUGGAGGGCGGUGCCAGGGUCGAUGUGAGGGACGGGUACGGCCGAACCCCGCUUCAUUGGGCUGCCGAGUCGGGCAACGCCGAUGUUGUGCGCUUGCUGGUCGAGGCCGGGGCAGACCUGACUGCUGCGGGCCACAACGGGAGCACACCGCUCGAAGUCGUCUUGGGAGAGUCGGAUGGGGAAGAUGAAAACAAGGAUUCGGGACAAAUCGCCUGUGUAUCGGCCUGA